CUGGAUUCCAAGGUGCAGGCCGCCUCUUCAUCCAACUUCCUUUUGUUAUCAUUGAGAAGCUUCAAGUCCGAAUUCGUCAUCAUGCGUUGUAUCCUUUCGAUAGUCUUCCACCUACUUCUUGCGACAAGUCUCGUCUUGGGGUAUCCAUUCAGUUCUGAGAAACCGACUCGUAAAACAGACGAUCUGAUGUCUUCCUUAGCGGAUAGGCUCUCCACUCUGACGUUUCAGCGUGUGCCUGGACGAAUAGCAUCAAGAUUCUCAGGAGACUGGUCAUACCCAGACUACGCUUUAUGGGAAAGACUUCAUGGUGGCGAAACCGGAACGUUUGGAGAUUUCAUCUCACCCAUAGUUACCGAUGACCCUACGGCAGAUGACAAUGGAAGAAGUGAGGAACCAGAAAAUUGACGGCCAUCUAGGUUUUCUUCCGGUAUUGGUAUUUUUCGUUCAAUGCUCGAUGCCACAAAAGCUACCUGAAGGAAUGCAGUACUAUGACAGUGCCAAUAUCAAUUACAAAGUGAUUGGAGACACAGGUUGUCAUUUUAUUGGUGUGAAUAUACUGCUGCGGCCUGGUGCUUGCGGCAUGAUCUCUCACGAAAUUUUAUACGAGAUUAAGU